AUGACCAGGAGUAAGUCGCUGGCCGAGGGUUCUCCUCCGGGAAGCGAGCCACGCUCAGUCCGAAAGCGACCUGUCGACGCAAUGGACCUCGAUGGCGAUGCCACACGUACAAAGCGACGGCGAGGCUCGACCCGGGAAACUACCAACGCCCAGUCGUCGUCCACAGACGACAGCGAAACAGAGGGUCACGAAGAGGAAAACCAAGCCGCUGCCAAAGACAUGCACCCCCCGUCAACAGAUGCCGUGGAAACUCCCCAGCCGACGCCCAGACGCAGAGGACGACCCCCCAAGUCACAGUCGCAAGCCAGCACGCCGUCCAAGACGCCCGCCAAGUCAAUCUUCGCAACGCCCGUCAAGCAUCACGAGACCGAGUCGGCGACGCCAAAAAGACAAGCAGCCGAUCGAUCGGCCCGAAAGAAGAGCGCCAGAGCCCUCAUAGAGAACGUCCUUGGCGACGGCGAUGACGACGAGCAAGAGGACGACGACGACGUCCUCGUGCGGGAGAUAUACGAGGACAGCGACGCCGAGGACCUCGCUGACCGUGCAGGCGCCGCGACCGAUGGACUCAACGGCGCCGCGCCGGGCAGUGCCACUCCGUCGAAGGCCCGAAAACCCAGACCCAGGCCCAACAGAGCAAAGUCCCCAACACCACCACGAGACCUACCUCCCCACGAGCUCUACUUUGCACACAACAAGCCCGGGAGGCCAAGGACGUCCGACAACACGCUCGGCUCCCUCUCGCUGCUCACGCACGACGAGUACUUCGGCGUGCUGCACCAUCACAGGGACCCCCACGCCGACGACGUCGAGCACCUGGAGAACCUCCACGCCGAGUCCUUCCCCCAAUGGGCAUUCGAACUGUCCCAAGGCUACAGCAUAUGCCUCUACGGAUUCGGGUCGAAACGAGCGCUGCUGCAAAAGCUCGCCCAGCACCUGCACGCCAGCCCCCGCGGCAAGCCGGCGCGACGAACCGUCGUCGUCAACGGCUACGCCCAUGCAGCCGCCACGCGAGAGGUCCUCGCAUGCAUAGCCUCUGCCGUCGACCCGUCUCAUAAAACACCCACGUCUACGCCCGCGGCCACCGUGCAAAUAGUCUGCUCUCAGCUAUCCAACACCAAUCUCACCCUCACCCUCAUCAUCAACUCCAUCGACGCACCGCCGCUCCGGAAACCGGGCACGCAGGACAUGCUGGCCCGGCUGGCCGCCCACCCCCAAAUCAACCUCGUCUGUUCCGCCGACACGCCCGACUUCCCUCUCCUCUGGGACAUUGGCGUCCGCUCCGCAUUCAACUUUGUCUUCCACGACUGCACCACCUUUGCGCCGUUCACGGUCGAGCUAGACGUCAUUGACGAGGUCCACGAGCUCCUGGGCCGCAGGGCCCGUCGCGUCAACGGCAGGGAAGGUGUGGCAUUCGUGCUCAAGAGCCUGCCCGAGAACGCCAAGAAUCUGUUCCAGCUACUCGUCGGCGAGGUACUCAUCGCCAUGGAGGAGGACGAGGGGAAUGCGGUGGACGAAGCAGCAGGCGUCGAGUAUAGAAUGGUGUAUAACAAGGCGGUGGAGGAGUUCAUCUGCAGCUCGGAGAUGGCCUUCCGGACGCUGUUGAAAGAAUUCCAUGACCACCAGAUGAUUACGAGUCGCAAGGAUGCGCUGGGCACGGAACUGCUAAGUCUCCAUGGACCGGGUCACGAGGCCUACGAGUAG